AUGAGUGCCACCAUUGAUAGGUACAUCCACAAGGCUACCCUGUUGAAAAACAAGGUCGACAUCCUAUUGAACAAGGACAUUCUUUCGGCAAUGCUCCCCGUCCAAAUGACGGUGAGAAUAGAUAACGUCAUAGCUCAUUUCCAAAUCUGGCGGACUGUCUUGCCAGAAAAACUCAGCGUGGCUCGCCGGGAUUAUUUCGCCCAAGGGGCUAUGAAGUAUUCCACCAAUGAGUGGAUCAAGGUUGGGCUUUUGCUGGAUGAGAUUGAGAUGACUCUCAACAGACUUGUUGAAGUCGGCAGCAAACUUGGACGGACAGAAGAUCUCUCGCUAACUCAAGCUGUUCGGUUCAUUCUCGAAAUAAUAGGGAGAAGACGUGUAUAA